AUGCAGGUAAAUCCAAAAUUUGAAAUAUAUUGGACUCAUGUAAGUGCAGAUGGAUGCAGGUUAGCCCUCGUUUGGAAACAUGGAGGCAUUUAUAUGGAUUCUGACAUUAUAUCAAUGCGGCCCAUCCCAGAUGUGAAUUUUCUUGCAGCCCAAUACUCUCAGUCUUCGAGUAAUGGUGUAUUUGGACUAUCCCAUCACCACAAUUUUUCCUGGAAAAGCAUGGAAAACUUUGUGCAGAAUUAUAACGGAGCAAUAUGGGGGAACCAAGGUCCACAGCUUUUUACACGCACUCUAAAGACAUUUUGUACUAUUCCUCAGUUUAAGUCUAACGAGGAUGUUAAAUGUGGAAACAUCUCUUUUUUGAAUCCUAAGAGGUUCUAUCCCAUUCCAUACGAGGCCUGGAAAAGAUACUAUGAUGUCUGGCCAAAUGUGCCAACUUUCAAUGAUUCUUAUGCCUUGCAUCUCUGGAAUUUUAUGAACAAAGAACAGAAAACUAUGGUUCCUGGAAAGAACACACUGAUAGAACAUCUCUACAAACAGUAUUGUCCCACAACCUACUCUGCUCUUAAAAAUAAUGAGUCUAUUUAUGGUUAGUUAUUUAUGAACACCUAUUUUCUAUAUGGGCAGGGCAUGGGGGGGAAACGUGGUAUUUAAAAAUUUGAACUUGCCUUUUGCUGGGACUUUUAUAACCGCAACCAUUUGUUAUAAAAUUUGCAUUCCUGCAGCAAACACAAACACAAAAUGUCUGCUCACUGGUGGCAAUAACCUUAUUUAGGCACAGGACCACUAUCAGAGCUUACUUACUUAGUUAUAGGGUCUUCUCAAAGGGGCCCCCGGCUAUUAGACCACUCCCCACCUGGGCCCCCUGGGAUGUCAACCUGCCACCUAUGUAGAAAGGGGCACCAAUGAAAAAAGAAUCCUCAAAUAAUCUCAAAUAGUACCCCAGGGCCCAACCCCAGUCUUUUGUAGUACUGCCCAGGAUGGGUUUAAACCCUGCCCAUGACUCACCCAAACCACUCCCUCAAGCCUUUCCCCCUUUUCAGUUUUCAGAUAGGAGCUUUGUUUCUUUCGGAUCCCUCUGCCAUGGGGCCUAUGACUGGACCCCCCCCCUUACCCUCUAAUGGCAGCCCUGCUUAGGCAGGUGUAAACAAUACAAACACAAACAGCCAAAUACAGAUGGGGAGUCCAGGCUGUAGAUACUUAGACAUUACCCAUUCCAUCCUGUACCCAUCCAAUAACUUCUUAGUCAUCUCUUCUCUUGGGUCUCUAUAAGUUCCUGGCUCAUAGAGCUUGGUUGCACCCCCCACUACUACUGCCAUUUCCUACCUUAAACCUUUGAAAUGCCCCCCCCCCCCUGAUUUUUUCAGGAGAGAAUUCUCCCUCAGUCUUUUUAGAUCUAAACUCAAAAACUGUCUCUUGGGGCACUCGCACAGCAUGUGAUCUGGGAAAUGCCAUAUAUUGCAGUGUCACCCACUGUGACCUACAGCACUUAUAUUUGCCUAUUUGUGUCUGUAAGUUACC